AGGUCCAAGCCUGCCCCAGGUCCAAGCCUGCCCCAUGACCCAGGUCCAAGCCUGCCCCAUGACCCAGGUCCAAGCCUGCCCCAUGACCCAGGUCCACGCCUGCCCCAAGACCCAGGUCCACGCCUGCCCCAUGACCCAGGUCCACGCCUGCCCCAUGACCCAGGUCCACGCCUGCCCCAUGACCCAGGUCCACGCCUGCCCCAUGACCCUAGUCCACGCCUGGCCCAUGACCCAGGUCCACGCCUGCCUCAUGACCCAUUUCCAAGCCUGCCCCAUGACCCAGGUCCACGCCUGCCCCAUGAUCCAGGUCCACGCCUGCCCCAUGACCCACGUCCACUCCUGCCUCAUGACCCAGGUCCACGCCUGCCUCAUGACCCAGGUCCACGCCUGCCCCAUGACCCAGGUCCACACCUGCCCCAUGACCCUAGACCACACCUGUCAUGAAUACACCCGACUGCGACUCCUUAACCCUUUCCCCCACCUGGUGGUGGCGUGGCAACUGUAUGAAGUAAGAAUUUGCUGUGAAUAUUGUGUGGAGUAUUGAAGGAGGAAAAGUUUGAACUGGCUGCUGUGUGGAAAAAGCAUAUGUGCUGUCUAUGUGUAUGAUAAUGGGUCUGUUGAGUGCUUUCAGAUGCCUGAUCCAAGGGCCCAGUGUACCUCCCUGUAUACUCACCUGUAUGCCCAAGGCUAAGAGCCCAGUGCAUCUCCCUGUAUGCUCAUCUGUACGCCCAAAACCAAGAGCCCAGUGUUACCUCCCUUUAUACUCACCUGUACGCCAAGAGCCCAGUGUACCUAAAUGCCCCUCCCCUGUGUGUGCCCAUGAGGC